AUGUUUGUUCAGUCUCCACUUAUUACAAUCUAUUUACAUGAUGCAAACGCUGAAGUAAGAGAGGUUACAGUCAAUAAGACCGAUUGCUUACAAGUUCUUGAAGAUGAAAUCAAAGGUGAUGACAAAAGAUUCAUUAUGUACAAGAAUGCUUUACUUAUGAUGUCUUUCAGUUUCCAGUUCUUUGGUAUCAAGGAUGGUGAUCACCUCUACGUACUUAGAGCGAAGUAUAACAACAAGAAGCGCGAAUCAGUUGAUACUUCAAAAAUUUUGGCCCAGAAGCAAUUAAACAACCGCGGACGAGUAGUUCUUGCCAAUGGUAGUGUAGAAAUUAUAGAUAAAUCAGCUUUACUCGAAUGUACACGUUUGUUGGACCUAAUGUACUUGCGCGACGAUUAUAUGUCGCCAGCCAGCAGACGCGGCCUAGAAUUACCAACUACAGAUGCUCCACAGUCUGAUAAUGGCGUUAAGAGUACAAUUCCGGCUGUUCGUCUCACCGAGCCGUCAACUGAUGUAUUGCCAAUCUUUUGGACCCCAAGGCAUAAGAGAUUACUAUCGUAA